AUGUCUGUUUCCAAGAGAAGAAAUGGAGAUUUUUUGAAACUGCCUGACACUGAUUGCAGUAGGAAUCCACCAUACCUAGUAAUACUUGUGACAUCUCAGCUUGGUCAAAUAAAGUCCAGGAGUGUUAUCCGUGAGACGUGGGGUAAGGAAAGAGAAGUGGCUGGAAAACGCAUUGUGACCUAUUUUCUCCUGGGAAAUAAUUCAAGACCUGAUGACCAGAUUGUUGUUUCUAUGGAAGGCUUAAGAUAUAAGGACAUUAUCCAAAAGGAUUUUAUGGAUACGUAUUAUAAUUUAACUCUAAAGACUUUGAUGGGCCUUGAAUGGAUUCACAAAUUUUGCUCACAGACUAAGUUUGUGAUGAAAACUGACUCUGAUAUGUUUAUCAAUACCUAUUACCUGGUUGAACUUCUUCUGAAAAGAAACAGGACUACUAGAUUAUUUACAGGUGCUUUAAAAAUGCAUGGCUAUCCAAUAAGGGAUCCAGGCAGUAAGUGGUUUGUAAGUAAAGAGGAAUAUCCAGGGAAUUAUUACCCACCAUUUUGUUCAGGAACAGGUUAUGUUUUCUCCACCGAUGUGGCUAAUGAAGUAUACACUGUUUCAAAAAAGGUCCCUUUUUUUAAGUUGGAAGAUGUGUUCAUAGGGCUGUGCCUUGCUGAACUGAAAAUCAAACCAGAAGAAUUACAUUCAGAGCCCACAUUUUUUUCAGACUGGGUUGAAUUCUCCAUUUGCCGCUAUAAGAAAAUAAUCACAAGCCAUUAUAUCACACCUAAGGAGAUGCUGAUAUACUGGAAUAUCCUGGAGAGAUCCAUGUAUGAAGAAUGCCUAGGCCAAGAAGGUUAA